GGCAGAGGUGACUUCAUCUUUGUGACGUAAUCCAGCGGAAUUUAUGUCGGAGGGACUCGGCGCAGGAAUCGGUUUACCGAGACUCCGAUUGUGGCGGAGCAUAUUUCCCCUCCGCUGGACAAACAAACUGUAAGAAAUGGAUGUGUUUCUAAUGAUCAGACGUCAUAAAACGACCAUCUUCACAGAUGCCAAAGAGUCCACCACAGUCUACGAGUUAAAGCGCAUCGUAGAAGGAAUUUUGAAGAGGCCACCUGAAGAUCAAAGGCUUUAUAAGGAUGAUGUUCUGCUGAGCGACAGUCAAACACUCGGAAAUUGUGGCUUUACAAACCAAACAGCCCGACCUCAAGCCCCAGCCACAGUGGGAUUAGCUUUCAGACUGAGUGACGAAUCCUUCGAACAGCUGAGGAUCGAGGCCUUCUCCACUCCUCCAGAGCUCCCUGACGUCAUGAAGCCACAGGACUCGGGCAGCACAGCCAACGAGCAGGCUGUCCAGUGAGGAC